CUUUGCGAAGGAAGCCAGAGGCUGGGAAGAAGACGCCGCCCGCUCGUCGGCAUCAGCCUGCUGCUUCCCAGACCACCUUCCCGCUUUCCGGCUGCGCGCGGAAUCCUUCUCUGCCCGGGCCCGGGCGCCUUCGGCGGGGACAGACCAUUGGCGGAGCGCGAGCUGUUGCUCAAUUCAAAUUGGAGAUGGCAGAAAUCACUUCACAAACAAACAUCAAAGAGAAGAUCAGUGCAGUGCGGUCAAUUGUUCCCAACAAAAGCAACAAUGAAAUAGUGCUGGUGCUACAGCAGUUUGAUAACAAUGUAGACAAGGCUGUACAAGCUUUUAUGGAUGGCAGUGCACUUCAAGUUCUAAAAGAAUGGAAUAUGACAGGGAAAAAGAAGAAUAGCAAAAGGAAAAGAAGCAAAUCCAAACAGCACCACCGUGGCAAAGAUAUGAAAGAUAAAGAUGAUGGAGCAGAAAAGGUGUCUCUGGAAUCCCAGGAGCUGAGUGGCAGCCAUCUGGAUGGAUGUGAUAAGGAUACUUUCCUCAGCAAUCCUACCAGUGAGAAAUCAAAAAUAAUUUCACAAGAUGAAAAGAGCUUGGAAUACAGAGAAGAGACAAAACCAGAAAUUGUAGCAGACAAAAAGACAGAACAGAAGAAAGUAUCUACAAAUGCAGACCAAAAAUAUGUAAAUAGCACAGAGUUGCCUGAUACUUUUCAGCCCUUGCCCCAUCCCCCUUGCAGUGUUGGUCAACUGAAGGCAAAAACACCCACUGUGAAGUCACCUGUCAUUGCUUCCUUUCCGGAAAUAAAAUCAGGAGAUUCAAACAAAAAAAGAGGCCCAAAUAUUGAAAAAUCUGUAAAAGAUCUCCAGCGCUGCACUGUGUCACUGACAAGAUACCGCAUGAUGAUUAAAGAGGAGGUGGAUAAUUCAGUGAAGAAGAUCAAAGCUGCCUUUGCUGAGUUACACAGCUGUAUCAUAGACAAAGAAGUGGCUUUAAUGGCAGAACUUGACAAAGUUAAAGAAGAAGCCAUGGAAAUCUUAACUGCUCGUCAGAAAAAAGCUGAAGAAUUGAAGAGGUUGACAGAUUUAGCUAGUCAGAUGGCAGAGACCCAGCUGGCUGACCUACGGGCUGAAAUUAAGCACUUUGUAAGCGAACGGAAAUAUGACGAAGAACUUGGUAGAUCUGCCCGUUUCUCCUGUGACAUUGAACAGCUGAAGACUCAGAUUCUGCAAUGUGGAGAAAUUUCUCACCCAAAGAAUAAUUACUCCUCAAGAACACCAUCCAGCACUCUGCUUCAAUCAGCAGCUUUGCACACAGCAACCAGCAUACAAAGCACAUAUAUCCAAAAAUCUAGUCGGACUCGUGCCAAGACACCCGAUGGUAAAGCAGCAAUGGCUAAAAACUCAAACCAAGAUACUGCCAGCACCACAGAAUCCUCUCCUCAGAUAAUUUCAACAAACAAACAGAGUGGGUCUUCUAGUCAAAGACGAAGAUUUCAUAUGCAGUAUCACGGUAUUCGAAUCAAUGGCUCUCUCAAGUCACAAAGUGGUGGUAGUGACUCAGAGCAGAACAACUUGAAGGUUAACUCCCGACAAGAAUACAGAAGGCAGCAUCACAAUAGCUUUAGGCCAAAAAAUAAAGGCAUUAUUAAAAUGCAGGAGCAAUCUCCCCUUGCAAAAGGCACGGAAAAUCUAACAUACCCAGAGAAAACACGACGAAAGCAUCCCAUGCCGGGCCCCACAGAGCCCAGACCCUUGUGCAGCAAUAUUACAAAGGUUUCUCCAUGCAAUUUAUGUCCUCCAAGUAUAGAGACCUCCACAGAUCCUCCUGUCCUUUCAGUGCCAGCUGUGACUUUGGUGGCAUGAGGAGUGGGAAAAACAGACUGACAUUUUCAUCUUACCUUACUCACUAAAGGUGCUUUUCUUCCCAAAAAUACUGGCAAAAAUAGCUUGUGAAAAAUACUACAAUCGUGGUACUGAUUUUUUUCCUUAACUAAUACUCUUAGCCAAUAUUGCGCUUUGUACUUUGAAGACUUUGCUCAGUAUACUCAAAAUUAUUUUCUCAUAAUGCAGCUUUUAGCUAGCCAGUACUUAGUACAACAGUCAAAUUGGUGUUGGAAAAUAAAUUGCAGAAGGAUGUCAAUACAUUAUGUGUUUGUUACUGUCUAAUUCGUUGUUUUAUCAGUAGUAAGGGGGGAAAUACUGACAUCCCUGUUGUUGAACUGCAGUCAAGAUGGUUGUUCUCAUAUAAAAAUUGUUUUGACUCUUACAACAUAUGGAACCAAAUUUUUUGUGCAGAACAUUUCUUAGUUCUGUUUCAUGUGACCUAAUUUCAUAAUCUGAGCGAUCUUCAAGAUCAGUCAUAAACAUUUGUUGUAAACAAACUAGCUAACGAACUACAUAUUGAUAUUUUUCUGUGCUGUACUAUUCGUAUGAAAUUGGAUAAGAUGCUUGUUUCUUCAGUCUGAAAUUUAUAUAAGUAACACAAUCCAGUUUUCCAGCCUCUUGCAUCCUUUUUCUAUGACUGUUAGAUUUUAUAUUUGCAGACUAAAAAAAAUGAAUGUUUCAGCCUCCUGUUCAAGUAUUUCUUGUACUCAUCCUUGUGUCUUUAGCAGAGCAAUUAAGUGGAGGAGGGAAAAAUCAAAGUGGAGGAACUUUCCCUACCAUCUUGGCAGCUCAUGCUACAAAGAGAAAGAUGGAGGGGACUGCAUUUUUCCUUUCUUUCUGGGAUUUUCUUUUUUUAAAGCUAUACCUUCCCAUGGCCUUUAAUGAGGAGGAAAUAGACUACCUAGUGAUUAUUCACUGGGCUUAAAAGGGCUGAAUAGUGCCAUCCCGCUAAUCGACCAU